AGUUUGAGUUAAGCUUCAAUUUGCAUCACCCAAUGAGUCGUCGAUCUCUUCGAAUUCAAGAAAAAACUGUCGCUAGCAAAGGAGCUAAUGCAAUAUCAAAGAAUUCAUCAGCUACUGCUACCAAGGCGGGUCGAAAGCGCGUCAAGGAGCCUCCGUCAGAGGGAGUGGCAGGACGUGAGCAGGAGAAAGGCAGGCCACCUCGGAAAAGGGCUCGGAAGAACACUUCGAAUACCGCCCAGCCUUUGAGUGAUGUCGAAGACGAAGAAGACGAGGACGAGGACGCAACUUCCACAAAAAAGAAACAGCGCAUGCCUAAGCAAUUCAGAAAAGUCCGCGGAAAAUUGGGUCUACUUGAAAGAUUGGCAAAGGACGUUCCACUGGACGUGAUUUUCGAGAUCUUCUGUUACCUCGAUCCCGGUGAUCUUUUACGCCUUGCUCGAACGUCGAAAGACCUUCGACAGAUGUUGAUGAGCAAGUCUUCGGAAGCCAUCUGGCGUGCCGCACGUGCAAACGUGGAAGGUCUUCCGCCUCGUCCUGAUGACUUGAACGAACCUCAGUAUGCUCGUCUUCUCUAUGAUGCUUAUUGUUAUAUUUGCAACCAUAAAGGGCGUUGCGAGAAUGUACUUUGGAUAUUUCGUGCUAGGGUCUGCAAGAAUUGUGUCACCGUAGUUCUUCCUUUAUAUGAUGAUGAGUAUCUCGAUAAGCAGCCUGCCGAAUAUCGUAACUCUGGUAUUCUACCGUCGGAGAGAGUACGUGUCGGAAACACGUCCAGAAUUGUGUCGAGCAACAAAUGGACCGCUCGGUAUAAAGCGGAGUAUGAAGCACUCGAUACGCCUAGCGAUCGUGAGGAGUGGAUUCGUCAAAAGAAGAAACAGCUGCAGGCCAUAAAGGAGCAUAGUAAUUUAUGUAAAAGGUGGCAUCAAAAAAGGUUAAACGACCGCUCGAGAGAAAUCAACGGCCUCCGCUAUCAACGAAGAGAUGAUAUCAUCGUUAGACUAAGAGAGAUUGGUUGGGGUGAAGAAACAGAACAUAUAGAAAAGAGGGGCACUCGUGAACAACUCUAUCUCGAAUACGUGAAGAUAGUGAAUCAACCGAGGAAACUUACAGAACAAGGCUGGGUGAACAUUAAGGACGGACUGGUGGAAUUGCUCUCGGAACACCGGACGAAUCGUCUGGAAACGGAAAGACUUUGUGUCAUGCGGGCGCGUUAUGAACUGUUAUCAAAAGAAUAUCGUCAAAUUUGCUCCAAGUCGGAUUGUCGAGACCCUUACCCUGCUUUGGGAGAUAUCUUUACGGCCAAGGUCUUCGAAGACCUGAUAUGGGACACUCCUGUUACAGAAGUGAUAGACUUUGCAACAAAGCUUUCCGAACACCUACCUCGCAUAAUCGAUAAGUGGAGGCCGGCAAAAAUCCAAGAGUUGCUGAAGUUGGUGCAGAAGUCAAAACAGAGUAAGACCUUGCCUGCGGUAUCUAACCUUCAUCUUGCUACGACAAUCUUCGAGUGCACAGAGUGCAAGACAGCAAUGCACUACCCUCAAAUGUUCUAUCAUAACUGUUGUUUGCAGCAUGAAUCACCGAACAAGAUCAGUCACGAACGGAUGGAGAUGUUUCGGACGAAUUACUUUGGUUAUAAUGCGUAUGGGCCGUGGAUGAUUCGCACACUCGUCCUGAGUGACAAGUGGCCUCCGAUGAUGGAAGAACUUCUCGAAGCUUGUUCGCUUGACCCGACCACCACGACGGUACAUGAGCUGCGCUCUGUCAAUCCUCCAAUUGAAUGUGUAACCUGCUCUUCCACUUGUCGCAGAACUGUGUGCCUAGGGUGGAACCACGCAUUUUCCAAUAACCAUCGGUCCCACAAGCUCAAGUUCAACAAAUUGAGCAAAUAUAAGCAGGCUACAAAAAGAGCCAUGCAUACGUCAAGCUCAACGGACGAUCAUAUCUGUUGCGCGCAUUGUAAUCAGGAGGUUCGGAAGAGUCAAUUACGAAAUCACUUAGAGUCGGGUCACAAAGAUAUUCUUGACACUUCGACUGCUCUCCUUAGCCUUGACCUGGGAGAUAUCCAAGAACACUGGUACUACAAUCCUCGUGUCCCCAUGCAGUCUUUGUAUGUCGGAUUUUUUUAUUACGACUGACCAUUGCGCAUGCACGGUGUCGUAUCUUAAAGAAUUUGCCUUUUUUUCUUGUAUACUUCAAUGACGAAAUUCAUGGUUACGAUUGCCUUUCACUCCAAGGAAUAUGUUCUCAAGCACAAGCAACGUUUAC